AACUACUGGUACAAGUACCGGUACCAUACUGUUCAAGGAAAUGCGGAAUCCUGAAGGAAGGACGCCCCAAAAACACACAAACCCAAACAAUGAUGAUCGAACAACGGGAGCCCGAUGUGGUCGAUGGAGAAGCUGCCAUUGAUGCUGAUAGCGACUCUUCGUCAGAUGAAUCCUUGGAACUCAUGAGUAACUCCGAAGCCAUGUAUAUUUUGGAAGAGAUUUUUGAGGCCUUCUUUACAGACCAAAUUGGUGGUCCUCCUCUUUCGGAUGAGUUUCCUCGGGAAAAGGUGUUGCAUAUCUUGUUGGAGACCAAUCCUGAUGUGCUCAGUUAUCGCUUUUUAAUCGGAAAUUCAGAUCUUGUAAGGCUGCCGAUUUCCUUUUUUAUGGAGGCAAGAGAAGAUCUGGAGACAAUUCAGAGAAUCCUUGAGCGGCGUGGUUAUCCUGGCGUCAAUAAUGAGAUGUGUUUGGAGGCACUCUGCGAUGCUUGCCGCUUUGGGUGCCAGCCAGACGUAAUGGAGUACCUGGUCAAAGUCAAUGCCUGUAGACAGCGUUUCAUGGGCCGUAUGUAUUGUACCCCACUGGAAAUUGUGCUGAGGGAUGAUUUGUCAGUUCGUAGGACGGAAGAAGAAAAGAUUCAAAUCCUCAAGCUGCUAUUGGGCAUCAAUGCAUCAGCCCUCUUGGAAAAUACCUGUGGACGUUGGAAUUAUAUGAUGGAUCAGGUGUUACGGGGUGACUUUGGUACAUCCAUUUUGCACUUUUUGUUUCAGGCAUAUGUGGAUAUUGGAAAUUCGGAGGAGGAAGAUGGAAGGUGGUUGGUAAUCAGUGACAGUUUUUUGACCAUUGGCCUCCCACAAGCUGAAGCUUUGGCAAUGGUACUCAGUAGGGUCUCUUCAUUUGUCUGUGAGCCAGGAGACUGGGACAACCAGGGGUUCGCUCACCUCAUGGGUGCAAUUUGUUCCAAUGAGACCAUUGGACAUCUAACCAUCGAACUACCCUUGCUCCUUUUCACCGAGGAAAACAACUUGGCAAGAGAGUCCCUACAAAAUAUGCUCACUGGAAACAACACAAUUGAAAACGCUGAUUUUAAUGCCGGUUAUGUUGCUGAAGAAGUGUUUCCGCCUGGUGAUGAUUGUCUUGCUGCGGUCCUGGCGUCACUUGUCGCCAACACAAGCAUUUUGGAUGCAACACUUCGCCGCUUUUGUCUAUCCAACUCACGGUCCCUUGCUGAGUUCAUGUCAAACUGUAGAGUACCCAAGCUUAAGCUUGAAAGCAUUACCAUUGACAUUGCCGAUGCUGUGGGACAUUACUUUGCCUUUGACGUCAAUGAUUGCAAUAUACAACACCUACAACUGCGAAAUGAUUUGAGGGACACAUGGUGCAACCAGAUGAUAAGAAAGCUAGAUGGUAUUCCCAAUCUCAGAGAAUUGUGUUUGGGCCACAUUUCUUUGGAAGGAGACCUAUAUGAUGUCAGUGAGCCACUGAUGGCGUCUAUUGGAAAAGAAGGUUAUCAAGGAAAGCUUUACAAGUUAACCCUUGAAAACACUGUAAUUGAUCUGGAUUCACUCACAGCAACUCUCAGAAACAACACUCUACUGCAAGAGCUUGAUAUCACGAAGUGCAACGAAAACAAUUACGGGGCUCUUCUGGGUUGCGUGGCUGACCACAUUGAAAAUCACAGUACCACGUUGAGUUGUGUCCACACAAAGUAUUCCUCUGAUGAUGAUGACGAGGACGACGAUGAUGUUGAAAUUCCAAAGGAGCUUGGCAAGAUUGACUUCUUGGUGGCACUCAACAGGUUCGGAAGGAGGGGAAAAGCCAUGUCAGACAAAACAACCUUGCCACAAUUUGUGGGCUUGCUUUGCGAUGUCGUCGCUGCUCCACACAGUUCCAUGUUGGAUGACCAUCUUGAACGUUUUCAUGGUGAUCACAAGCAUAACAUACAAUUUGGAUUGCUACGGCUGACACCUCACUUGUGGAGUAGUUCAGCAGGCUAAAAUGCACCAGUAGGCUCUGUUGUUCUGUCAACGCAAGGCAUCUACAGCAUGGCACUAAUUCUCUUACAUCCACCACAACCAAACAAUAGUGAAAUUCUCCCUGGUGACUUUUGUGGCUUCCUUAUGCAAACGCGGGCCGCAACCCAUCCUCAAAUUGUUUCAACUCUGGACUCUUGGAUCCAUACAGUUUCAUAAUGACCAAUCGUGCAAUAAUAGCCACUUGCCGCAAGCUGCCAAUCUUUUCCUUGCUGUCUGGUUGUCCCUUCCAGCUCUGAGCAUGAUGAGCAAUGGCCAAUAGUAGCUCGUCGGGUUUGACCAAUAGUUUGUCCUUGUCCGUGGAUGGAUAGAUGGUAUUUCUCAAUUCCUUGGCCCGGGCAGAAUCAUCCGGCAGCCCAAUGAGUUUCAAAACCAACCCUUGGCUGACGAGCUUCUGCGCCUCUGGAUCCGGUUUAGGUGGCUCUUCUUCUGAAGACGAUUCCUCUUCCGAUUCCUCUUCCGAUGUCUCUGGAGGAGGCGUUGGUGUUUUCGGAGGAGGCGUUGGCGGCUUUGGAGGAGGUGUCGGUGGUUUUGGAGGAGGCGUUGGUGGUUUUGGAGGAGGUGUUGGGGGUUUCGGAGGAGGUGCAGGAGCAGUUGCUACCACUACCACUGGCUUGGUUUCCUCCUUUUCUUUCUCUUCUGCCUUCUUUUUCCAGGCAGGAACAACAGGUGCUGGUCGCUGGACUGUUUCAUUCUUGACGGGUGCCGGUGAUUUCUUCCACGGUGGAACGGAUGUAGACGAUGACUCUUGUUUCUUUUGUUGCCAAGGUGGCACCUUGGCGGAAGUCGAUUCUUCGGUUACUGACUUCUCUUUCCAGGCAGAUACAGGUGAUGUUGCCGUGUCGUCGGGUUUCUUGUCUUCCGAAUGUUGCUUCUUGUUCCAAGGUAUCUUGCCCUUCGUGACCACAGGAGAUUUUUGCCAGGCUGGAACCGCAGAAGAAUUGAUCAUUUCAGAUUUCCUCUUCCAGGCAGGAACUGGUGAUCUUGGCGGGGGAUGUUCCGGAGCCGAAGCAGUGGUAGCUGUGGAUUGUCUAUUCCACGCAGGCUUGUUGGUUGUUGGACUUUCUGGCACAUCUUUUUUCUCUGGUUCUUGCUUGGGUACUUCCAAUUCCCUAUUGACUUUCGGCGGUGAUGAAGGCGCCGCUUCCUCACCUUGAGCGCCUUCGUGUAAUUCUUUGUUCUUCAGCAUUGCAUCUCGAUGCCGUUUCCAUUCCGGUAUAUCAUCACCUCCUUUCCUUUCCCAGGCAUUGGAUGUCUUUUCUUCGGAAGGUGCCAAAAUAGACGGAUCUACUUCUGUCGGCGACGCAGUGGAUGAUGUUGCUGCCUGUCGUUGUUCUUCUUCACUCGCUGUAGAUCGUCGUUUGAUGGCGCCAUGACCCUCCAAGUCAAAAGGACCAUGUCGAAUCGCCGUACCCGACUCUGUAUGGCGUAAUUUUUUCUUGGCCCAGUUUGGUUUUUCCCAGGCAUUCCGUUCCGAUCGAGCGUACAUGCGGUUGUCGACGGGACUGCUCAAAGCCCGAGCUCGAUCCCACCCCGGCUCAAACUGAUCUUCCAUUUCCGGUGGUAGAUAUCCCGAUUCGACCAUUUGGGCGGCUGUAUAGCGCACAUCUGGUUCAUCAAUCACGUAAAAGUAGCCUUCCGAAGUUAUAUGCCAUCGAGGUUGGCCCGUUUCACCCGUACAAAAACUAGCAUCCACAAUGCCAUCACUGGCUUGGAAUCCUGGUAACGCAUACGGCCCUUCACCCGACAAGGAUCCGCCUCCUUCACUCCCGUGUUCUGGACUUAGGGCUCCAAAACGAUCCUCCAGGGCGGCAAUGCGAGCCUUUUCCCGACGAUACUCCAUCUCCACCGCAUCGAAAUCCAAGACAUGAUGGGGCGUCACUUCACCCCACCAGUCUGGCAUCAGAGCGGCUCCCCAGGGGAGACUCGGAUCUUCCGCAAAGUCUUGUAGUCCCGUCGCCAUGGUCGAUUGUCGUCUGUCUCUUGGUUGAAUGAAUCGAAUGGAAUCGAAUCUGGAUGAUGAUCAAGCAGAGCUGCUUUCCAGAGCGGAAGAGAUAAGCAGUCGAGUCGUCUAUUUAUUGUUUCAUGGAACAAAGGCAGGGUUGCAAGGACC